UCCGGCACCCGUAGAGUUACCGUAAAACUAGACGUGUACUUGCAGUAUUGUUGUUAUGUAGUUUCAUCAGAAUCGGGAACUGCGUGUGUUUACAACUUAACACAGACUCUUCGACACUAGUCUUCCUCGCCGGAUUCACUUUUAAUCCUUACUAAUGUGUUCGUGGCAUAAUGUCGUCAGAUUUGAUGUUAGAUUUGGUGAACCCAUCGAUGAUGAAUAAGGAAGCGGGGGAUAUUUCCAUCGAUCAGGAUGGAGAGUGGGAUAUCAGUUUGUUUGAUGAGCUGGAGGAUCUCGGAGAUGCUGACGAGCUUCUGGAGGCUCUGGUGGAGAGUGUAGGCUAUGACCCCUCGGUUUCUGACCUGAACUUUGACAUUGAGCCCCCAGCGUGGAACUCAGAUGGCUGGGGAGAAAAUAGUAGCCCUCGAUCAGAUGGUGAUGUAACUGUGGACUCGCUGUCACCAAACCACACGUUCAGUUCGGUGUCCUCACCAGCAUCAGUGGAGCCCCAUUCACCGUGCUCUACACAUGAUGAGGCACUGUCUCCAGUCUCCUGGCAUUCUCAGCCCUCUCCGCUGUCUGUCUGCUCUGACUCGAGCGGCUUUGCUGAGGCGCUCACUGAGAGGAAGCCUUCCAAGAGGACCAGUCAGUCAAAAACAAAGCCUCUCCAGCCAGCAAAGAGGCCCAUUCAGUUCAGCCCCAAGGUUUCCAUUCAGCCUAAACCGCUCAUUACCGCGGUGCCCAUCUCACAUGCUGCAACCUCUCUUCAGACCAAGACCAUCAUCAUCCAGCCUCUCCAGACAGUUCUACCUGUAGUGAAACCUCCACCAGUCACCAUUCAACCAGCACCCCCUACAGGUCAGCGAAUGCUGCUAUCUCAGCCUACUCAGGUUGUCCAGCUUCAGACGCCUCAGGCGGUGCCCACGCAUGUAGUCACAGUGCCAACACUGGCUCAGGACAGAUCCGUCUCUGUUGUUGCCCCAGUAACAGCAUCUCCUAUGGUCGCCAUGACACUGCAGAAUUCCACCCCUGAUGAUGAUUCAAAUGCAUCUCGGAGACAGCAGCGCAUGAUAAAGAACAGAGAGUCUGCCUCACUCUCCCGGAAGAAGAAAAAGGAAUAUUUGCUGACGCUGGAGGCCCGUCUGAAGGUGGCGCUGUCCGAGAACGAAAAGCUGAAGAAUGAAAAUGGCACUUUGAAAAGACAAGUGGAAGGCCUGAUUAGUGAGAACUCUGUGCUAAAAGCAACCGCACCAAAGCGGAGAGCUGUGUGUCUUAUGGCGGUCCUGGUCUUUUUAGUCUUCAACUUGGGUCCAAUAAGUCUGCUUGGAGGAGACAGAGGGUCUACAUUUCCUGCUGCCCCUGCGUUCAGUGGCAGACACCUGCUGGGCUUUUCCCCAGAGUCGGAGAGAAAUUUGGAGUCAGACAGGCUUCAGACUGAUCCCUCUAACCCUGUGAACAGGUUAGAAGAUGUGGUAUCAGAGCAGAAAGCUCUGAUGGUGGUCAAGGAUCCUCUGUAUUUCAGAACACCUCCUCCCUGCCAGCCACCUGUUAACAGGACCAAGUGCAUGAAGCUAGCACAUGAGCUGAGGGGCUGGGUACAUCGUCAUGAGGUUGAGCGGACCAAAACUCGCCGCAUGAGCAACACUCAACACAGAGGCAGAACCAUCCUGCAGAAAGCAGCAGAUAAACAGGCUGAGGUACCACAGAUCGUGACACGGAUCCAAUACACGGAUUCCUCUGAAAAGAUUCCCAGCAGCGAGCUGCAGGUGUAUUACGCCCCUCACCGCACCUACAAUGACUUCUUUGACGAACUGAACAGAAGAGGGGACACAUUCUAUGUGAUCUCUUUCCGCCGGGAUCACCUCCUCCUUCCCGCCACCAGCCACAACAAAGGCAGCCGCCCCAAGAUGUCUGUGGUCCUGCCAGCUAUGAAUUACAACGAGAGCAUCAUAAAAGACAAAGAGUUUGAGGUGAUGAUGCAGAUCGACUGCGAGGUCAUGGACACCAGGAUCCUCCACAUCAAGUCGUCUACCAUUCCACCAAUCUUGCGGGUCAAUCAGACAGAAACGGACUCUUUCUAUCACGCGGCCCCCAGCAACAACCAGCCUGCGGCCCCUGUCGGAGUCCUCAUGGGUUCUUCUUAGUCUCAGCUCAUCCACUUAUUGUUUUGUUGUGAAUUACAAAUCUUUCAUCAUCAUGUUUUUGUUACAUAAUAAGCAUUUUGUGUUCAUUUGUGACUGUUCUUAUUCAAGUGGCAUAUGAGGAUUUUGGUAUCAACAAUUGUCAAGAAUUCCACCUCUUUGGAAUGCAUCAAGUAAGCCAUUCAAUACUGAUGAGCCAUUAUAGUCUGUUGUUUUCAGCGACUACUUUUAUACAUCUGUCAUCAGAGGCAUUUAUGUUUAUGUACACUUUAUACAAAGUGAUUCUUAAGCACAUUUGAGUUUGUUUGUGCUUUACAGCUGAACUACAGGGGCAUUCAUUAUCCAAAACCUCCCAGACCAAAGUGCGAUCCGCCUCAAUUAUUGAACGCUGUUCUGCUGUAUGUGGUAGCUGUCAGGGAAUUAGUUUUUAAUUUUGUUUGCACUGUGCUCGUUUUGUGAAUAUUUAUGAAGAUUUAUUAUUUGUACCAAACUUGUUUGGUACACAUUUAAUGUCAUUUUCAGCAACAUAUUCUUUAACAAAACAUUUCUGUUUUUUGACAUCGCUGUUGAAAAUUGAUUCAGCGAAGGAGGCGUUUUUGGACUUGCGAUUUUCAUUUGAUGAAUCUGAUUUAGGACAGUGCUAUAAACAUAUAUAUCCAAAAAAAAGAAGAUAUUUUUAAGUUUUUAGGUAAUACUUCUGUUUAAAUCUUGGUUUUUGAAGGUUAAUCAUUUUAGAAUAAUUCUAAUUGCGAAAGCAGUUUGGGGUUGGGGGUCUUAUGCAACAUCUGUCAGUUCUUUUUAAUAUAUUUCAUGCUCUUCUGUUUUUCUUAGUGGCUUAAUUGCACUUUAAAUGAGGUGUGCUUGGCAUAAUUACAGUUGUUAAAGUAAAGUUGUGGAAUAAUUCAUGUGGUUAUUUGUACCUCAUCUGUCUUUAUUCACCGUGUGUGUGCCUCUAUUAUUCUGGCUUGUUUAGAUGUGCACUUGUUUCUUGUCCUGUUUAGUUAUCAUUCGAAAGCAGCGUUAAUAUUAGCUUGUUCUUUCCAACCUGUCAUCACUUUCAAAGAACCAUUCCCCUUCACAGACAAGCUGAAUACAAUAUAGGAUUAUUAACUUAACUCAGGUGAAGCUUUGUUCUCCAAAUGUGGAUGAUAUAUUAGAUUUAGUGAGGAAAUUUCACAUUUUGUCCUUAGCAGUGCAGUAGAAAUGUCUCAUUUGAAAUGUCUCAGCAACAUUUUUAUUCAGAAUAUAUGUAAUUUUUGCAUUUUUGGAAAGUUUUUGUUGUUUGUUCAUAGCAAUGACAGCGAUGAGAGCUAUUUUGUAACAAUGCAACGAAAUAAACACUGGACUCAAG